AUGGCAAUAUCAGCAGACGAUGUUAUGAGACGCUAUCCGCUACACUGGCUUGUGUGGAACAAUCAGUAUGAAGAACUGAAGAACUCAUUGACAUCUAAAAAGUUUACACAAGAAGAAAUAGAAGGAAAAGACCUUAGAGGCCGCACUCCUUUAUUGUUAGCAGUCACACUCGGUCAUUUAGAGUCAGUACGGGUGCUUAUAGAGGCUGGGGCAGAUGUUAAUUGUGAAAAAGAUGGGUGGACUGCGGUUCAAGAAGCUACAGCGACAGGCAAUCCAGAGCUCUUAUCUCUGGUGCUAUCAAGAAGAGAUUACCAGCGGCAUGUCCUGCGGUCUGGCGGCAUCCCUGACUUACUGCGGCGAUUGAGCCUCGCGCCUGACUUUUAUGUGGAGAUGAAAUGGGAGUUUACUAGUUGGGUGCCUCUCGUAUCCCGCAUGUGUCCAUUCGACACAUACAAAGUAUACAAGCGCGGUGGUAACGUGCGGGUCGACACCACACUUAUUGGUUUCGAGAACAACCGAUGGCAGAGAGGAGACCGGACGUAUAUAUUCAGAGGGCAGGGUCGGACCGCAAGCCUUAUGGAAUUAGACCACGAACUAGGUACAGUUUGGUGUGAAUACUUAGAACCUAUGGAGGGAAUCCGAGAGUGGCCCGCGCCGCCCCAGCACGUGAUAGACUCGCGUCUCAACUCACCGCUGGCUAUCAACUACUUAGACACAGACAAGAUUAGUUUUGAGAGAAAUAAAAGCGGUAUCUGGGGAUGGCGGCAGGACAAGUCUGAACCGGUGAACGGGUACGAAUGUAAAGUGUUCAGCGCGAACAACGUGGAGCUGGUGUCGAAGACCCGCAGCGAGCACGUGCCGGUGACGGCGCGCCGCCCCCCCGCCCGCGCGCCGCUGGCGGGGCUGCUCGCGCUCGCCGACUCCGACCAGCCCACCUCGCCCCUGCUCACUCCCGACAAGGAAGACACCCCUCGGAGUAGUAGAUCUCGGGAAGACCUAACUUCCUUCAAUCCGGUGACGUGGGAGGAAUAUUUCUCAGAAGAGGCUCCGGAGAGGGACAUCGGACGGCCCAGGGAAGUGGCCACUAAGGUGCAGAAGUUCAGGGCUACGUUAUGGCUGUGUGAAGACUACCCCUUAGAAUUACAGGAACAAAUAAUGCCGAUCCUAGACUUGAUGGCGGCGAUAUCGUCACCGCACUUCGCCAAGUUAAAGGACUUCAUACAAAUGCAACUGCCCUCAGGAUUCCCUGUUAAAAUUGAAAUACCUCUCUUCCACGUGCUAAACGCACGUAUUACCUUCGGCAACAUCUUCGCCACAGAAACUCCCGUCCCUUACAUCUCGUGCAUACAAGAAGGGGACAGACUGUCGUGUGUGGUGGACGAUCAGUGCUUCGUGGUCGGCCAUGGCUACCGGGACGCGGCGGCUCCAGAUGAAAGGUUAUCAUGCGGCGUUGAUGACGAAGAAGGACUGCUCCAGUAUGCCAUACAGCAGAGCUUGAUGGAGGGGGGCACACAUGAUGACCAAGUGGACGUGUGGGAGGCGCUGCGCGGCGCGCGCCCGCCCAGCGCCGGCCCCACCACGCACGGCACCACGCACGAGGACACGCAGCUGCAGAGAGCGAUAGAGGCGUCGCUGGAGUCGCUGCAGCUGCGCGGGGCGGGGGCGGGGUCGGGGGCGGCGGUGGCGGCGGCGGGUGUGGGCGAGCGGGGCCCGGAGCCGGCGCACGACCCCGAGCUGCUGGCGGCGCUGGCGCUGUCGGCGCAGGAGCAGGCGCAGCGACAGCAAGCGCUCGACGCCGAGCAGCGAGCGCUCGACGAGGCGCUGCGGCUCUCGCUGCUCGACAACUAA